AUGCAGAGCCUUCCUCACCGUCGCCGCAGCGAUGCUGGCCCGCAAGCCGUAUCACAAGCCCAAGCCACUACCACAGACCCCUGUCACGCCGAUGCGACAGAAAGACCCGCUUUGUCCUACAUGCAGUGUGACACCACAGGCAGGCCCCCUAACUCGUUGCCUUCUUCGGACCACUCUACUUCCAACUUUUUGGAUCACCCCCUCACUGUGCCUGUCAUUUUCAAACAAGUGCACGACCGCCAAUCUGGACGAGUUUCAGGCACUGAAUGGAACACAUAUCACGUAUCCCCUUCUCAGUGGGCGACCCUCCGAGAACUUCUUGAACGCAGUGACAUCUGGGACAAGCUACGGGUCAACUAUUUCUCCCAAACCCAAACCUUUGUUCAUCAAAUGCCUGGCCUGAUCCAUGACGUGGCCCGCGGGGGGUUCGCCAAGCUCUUCUUUAGAGACCUUGACUCGAUAUGCCGCGACACGAUGGAUGGAGAAGCGUUCAUGGAUCAGGUUACGAGCCGUGGCUCCAGCGAUGUGGUGAGCAUCCGAGGCCCGGGCCUGCAUCAACCAGACGAUUGCUUCUGUUGUUUGGACGAUUACUUCUAUGGUGUUGUUCUAGAGGUGGCGUAUUCGCAAAAGUCCGAGGAGCUCGAGAAAUUGGCUCAGUUCUACCUGUUUGAAUCCUCUCUGAAUAUUCGAAAGGUCAUUGGCAUCUCCUUUGACUACUUUCGGUCCAAGCGGAUCACUUUGCACGUCUGGAAACGCGACAAUUCUGGUAAAACCGCCGGUGGUCAACUUCGACACUACUCUCGAGAAGUGCGAACCGAGGCUGGCGCGCAGGUCUCUGGUCCUCCUCUCAAAAUUUCUGUCUUCGACAUAGCACCACCGGCUCUCGUACCGUCUUCGCUCCAUGGCGCAACGAUCCAAAUCCCGCUGGACAAACUCUGUCACUACAUCGAGAAAGCGGAGCUCGCGAACGCGGAAGAGAAGAAGAGGAUGGAGGCACUACAAUCUCAGCGUUUGGAUGGCUCGGACCGCGGUGAUGAUGACUCUUCCCAGGAGAGUGAGGAUGAAGAUGGCGCAGGCACAAAGACACUUGAUGAAGAUUAUGUUCCAAGCCGAGUCGGUCGCAAAGACCCUGAGUCAGGUCGGUCUCUAAUCCGAACCCGUAGCCGGACUAGCGGCGCAUUCAGCGGCUGA